UUUUUUUUUCUUUAUUUUGGUAAUUUGCAGUUUUGAUGCAAAGAUCGGCCUCUUAAAUAUCUGAAAACGUUAGCUGUAGCGGACAGAGAUCGAAAAACAUGUUUAACCUUUAUACACUUCGUUAAUUAGGAUGCCUGCAAGCAGCUACCAGUGAUUGAGAGCAGCACUUUGAACGAUUUAAGAGAUCACUUGAAAGUGCACAAAAGCACACUCUUCUUUCCUAAAUUGCCACACUGCAUGCGGUUGCCAUAACAGCACAGCGCUAAUUUACACAUGGUUAGCUUUUUGCAGCUAUUUAAAACUAACAGAUGGCUCGCUAACACUCAAACGGAGUCAUCCAACACACACAUUUCAAUUUAUUUCAGUUAUUAACACAUUUAAACCCAAAAUAACUGCCUUAAAGCAUGCAAGACCACAGAGUGUCCUCUGUUAACCCCUCUAAACAACCGAUUCCUUCACAGUUGCUGAAAGAAAAGACCAAAAAUAUGUAAAUGGACUUGCAAACAAGUCUUCCAUUUACACAAUCAAAUACAAACCUUUGACAGAGAGAAGCAAUGUAGUUAGGUUAAUUUGCAAAACCCCUGAAAUGCAAAAAAUUCUUUCAACACUUUCUCAAAGAGAGAGGUGGGGGGUGGAGUAAUAAAUCAGAAUUAUGUAAGUAUCUAUUAGUCACGCUAUUUGCGGACUGCUGUGUUGAUUAUAGUCUCUAUCUACGUGUUUUUGGUCUGACUGACUGUACAUGUGGGGUGGAUGGGGUUGACAUGAACUGUCCCACAGUCCCUCCCACUGGGUAUGGCAUUCAGGUACAACUCCCUCCCUUCUACUAUAAAGCCUCUCAUGUUAGCAGCAUAAACUUCAGACUUCAACUCAUGGUAAAGUCUUUACAGCUUUCACCAAAAAACAACAACAAAAAAACCACACAGCUAAAGUAGUAAAGAACAAACUUGGAUGUGCACCAUUAAUUUUGUACAUCACAACACAAACUAGAGCCAGAGCUCCCAGCCAACAUGAGAUUAUCUCUGCACACCAUCAUCUGCUGCUGUGUUUUCACCACAGUCCUGCCAUUGGUAAAAGGCGCCACAGGAGAGACCAACGCCAGCCUGAGAAAAAGGUCUAGAGUAUGGCUGCAGAGCCAUAUGAAGAGAGACUUGCGCAGUCGCUUAGUGACAGGCGAUGACCAACAUUUUGGUGGACCGCAGCAGGACAGGCUUGCCAAAACUCUCCCAACCCCAUCAAGCUUUGGCCCAAAUAUAAGGUCCAGGAGGUCAACGUCAAGUCAGUCUGGUUGCCUUCUAAUCACAUGUAUAUACCACGACUUGUUCUACCGAUUGAGCCUGACAAAGAAGAACGCUCAAACAGACACCACUGCUCCUAAAUCAAAGAUGGGACCGGGUGGCUUUGGACGUCGCCGCCGCUCACUUCUGGAUGCCACUCAGCUCGUCCUCGAGACAGGAACGCAUAGAUGGAGCACGGAAACUGGUCAGCGAGUCAGCAACCCCAAAAGCACCCACACGGUGGCCUAGGGCAGGCAUGAGAAAGCAAAGGAGAGUCCCUGUUGGGGUUAUGUGAGCACUGCAGAUGAAGAUUAGUCCACGCAGAACUUUUAUUCCACAGAUUCGGCGCUAGAUAUAGCGAAAGACUGGCUGCUACAUCUGCACAGCCCAUCGGAGGAAGCUCAAACCACUCUGGAUGAAAGGAAGAUUGAAAUAAAUCAAACUGAGACGUUUGUGUGCACAUGCUUAGGUUCAGGUUUCAGUGUCUCUGAACAAGUGUUUGAUUUAUUGAUGAAUUCAAGCCAGACCUAUGGGACUUGACAAGAAUGUCUGUCUCUUCUUCAGCAUCCAAAGCGAGCUUGGCAGCUGAGACAGAAGACAAUUCAUGUGGAUCUUCUCCGAAACACAAAGCUUGGAGGAACACAUUCUGCAACAAGGGAGCCUUUUUAUUUUACUUUUUCUUCAAGGAAUCAGCAUUACUGGGCCCCAAACUAUCAAAUGCAGAAUCCUCACAAAACUGAACUGAAUGUAUCGAAUUGCUUGUUAGCUACAAUUUUUAUAUAUAGAUAAACAUAUAAAAUAUGUACCUUAUAUGUUAAAAUAUGAAAGACUACCUUAUAAUGUAUGCAACUAUAAUUUCCAACAACAAAACUACAUAUUAAACAUCUUUAGUUUAACUUCAGUGAAGUAUCUGAUGUAUCUGAAAUGUGUCAAUUUUUUUGUUUUGCUUUUUUAUUUCUAUGUAUGUAUCUAAACAAUGAGUUGUACCAUUUGCCUUCACUUGAUUACACCUUUUUGGAACUUACGCAUAUUUAACAUGUCUUAUGCAUAUUUAUCUGCACCUGAAGCAAAGCAGGCCUUUUAGUUUGGGGCUGAGCUUUCACUUAAAGGGAAGGAGAAGGAUUGAUGAGCUGAUGAAAGUGCUGUGCUGCCAUCUAGCUUUGCAGCAGGCUUAUGUGUAACAAAUGCAGGCCAAGCCAUUUCAAAGCAUCUACUUUGGUGUGUUAAAGGUUUAUCGCCUCCUAUAUUUGAAUGUUAUAAAUCAUAAUCAUUUGCUCACAAUUCAGCUGAAAUUACUUGAAAAGGUAUUACUGAACCAGAUUAAUGUCUUGCUUCGAAUACCAGGAACUGUAAUAAUUUUCAGUAAUAAAUGAACAAAUAAAACAAUAAAAUAAACUUGAAGAAACCUU